CCCUGAAAGCAUAUCCACAAUGGAAAAUCCAAGGCCAAAUGUCUGGAAAAUGCAAGGCCAAAUGUCAAGAAAUCAGAACUCAAACCCCACCCAAAUCAAUCUCCACCUUUCAAUCAGAAGACUGUGGUCCAACCAUGAGAUGACACCAUGUACACUCAUCACUUACUCUCCCCAAUUCCAUUGGAACGAUCAUCCCACCUUAUCAAGCAAAAAAACUGAAAAACAAAAACAAACCAAUUUUACCCAAAUCUCUCAGAUGAUGAAUUGUAGACUUCUAAUCCCAACCUUUCCUUUGUGUUUGGAACCUCCUAAGCUUCAGAUUUCCUGUUCAUGUCCAUCAACAAUUCGGAUUCAAUGCUUGUCUUCACGUUCAGAUCUCCCUCUAACUACUGAGACACUUCAUAAUGAUGCAUCUAUGACUGGUGGAGCUUAUGAUUUUGAGAGAGCAACAAUUUCUCUUACUCAAAAGUUGUUGUCUUCACCAAAGAAGGUGACUCUUGUGAGGCAUGGCCUUAGCUCUUGGAAUGACGAAAGUAGAGUUCAGGGAAGUUCAGACCUAUCCAUCCUAACUGAAACUGGAGUGCAGCAAGCAGAAAGGUGCAAGAAAGCCUUAGCAAAUAUAAACUUUGACCAAUGUUUCUCUAGUCCAAUAUCUCGUGCUAAGUCCACUGCUGAAGUUUUAUGGCAAGGGAGGGAAGAACCACUUGUUUUUCUUGAUUCACUGAAGGAGGCCCAUCUGUUUUUUCUUGAAGGCAUGAAAAAUGUUGAUGCUAGGGAAAAGCAUCCAAAGGAAUACAUAACAUGGAGAGAAGAUCCAUCUAAUUUUGUUGUGGAUGGUGUUUACCCUGUUAGAAAGCUAUGGAGAACGGCAAAUGAAGCUUGGAAAGAAAUCUUGUUUACACCAGGAGAACGUUUUUUGGUUGUAACUCAUAAAUCAGUGUUGAGGGCACUGAUCUGCACGGCUCUUGGACUCAGCCCAGAGAGGUUUCGUGCUAUUGAUAUAAACAAUGGUGGAAUAUCUGUGUUUAACUUCAACAAGCAAGGCGAAGCCAUGCUUCAAUCCUUGAAUAUGACGGCUCACAUGUACAAGGAUCACAUUUAUCUUUACUGAAACUUCUUGAUAUUGUAGAAAAGGUCAUUUGUGGAAUGACAAAUUCAUCCUUUUGACUGGGUUUAUUGUUUCAAUAGAUUUAAAAUUGUGAAGUCUAAUCCAAAAGAAGAAUUGUGAAGUUCCAGAUGUUUUGUAUAAAUUGUAGCACUUCAAAGGCUUUGCACUUAAAAUGAAUCAAUGGAGUGUUAUGUCUACAAA